GUCACACAACUUGCACGGCUACUGGUCGUACGGUGGUAAUUGUGGUGGUGGUUCUGCUGAAAUCUUGCUCCGCCAGUGUCUGAACACAACUCCUCCGUGGCGCUGCUGCCAUUAGUGCGGGAGCCAUUUUGCAGCUGGGUGUUUUGGUUGUAAAAUCGUAUCAGCUAGGUGCGAACAUCGAGUCCAGCCAGGGACAAGGGCCCAAGAACAUCCGUACCAGCCUGAAUCGUAAUUCAGGUGACCUGGCCUUGUUUUUUUCUUCUCUCUCUCUCUCUCUCGGUUGUUUUUGUUGUGUUGUGCAAAAGUGUACGCGCGUGUGUGUGUUGUGUGUGCGCAUCUUUGUAGAUGCGAAUCGCAUUAUAAGGUAAUGCGAAGUCGGAUGCCCCAUUUGUUUUUUUUUUUGACACUUAGCAGCCAUAAUUAGGUUGUCACGUCGUGGAAAUUCAAGGGGGCCCCGUAUCUCUGCUUAUCGACCAUUUUACGCGAAUCGAGUGUGUGUGCGUGUGUGUGUUGUGCCAGGUGUGUCUCUCGCUCUCUCGCUCUUGCUCUUUGGCCGCGCAGUAUCGGUAGAUUGGCGCUCUCUGCUAUCAAAAUAUUCUCUACCCAAGCGACGACGCAGCAACAGCAGCACUCAACAAUCAACUUGCAAAAGUCAAUCGUACGAGAGUUGCUAAACAGGAGCAAAGCAAAAGCAACACACGCACUGCACGCGAAAGAUCGAAAAACAAACGUCCUUUGUGUGUGUGUGUGGGCGCUCGCGCGCCUGUCAUCCCUGUCAAACUGUGUGUAUUCCUCCGUGUGUACAUCUCUGUGGUUGAGUUUAUUUUCUGGCUGACCAACAAACACCCGUACAUAUAUAUAUAUAGAGGCGUCAGUUAUUAAAGAAUUCCUCCCCGCCCGACGCAAAUAGAGGUUGUGGUGCAGCGUUGAGAUAUUACUUCGCCCAAUGGCCAUUACUACACAUGUGUAGUUUAGUGCGGUCUCGUCAAUGAGUUGUCUCUGGUGAAGGUUUUUUUUUUGCAGCACACGUCAAAAAAACAAAAACAAAGAAAACAUGGCCAACUGAAGAAGCGUACAGUAGUGGACGAAUGUUGUUGGGAAGUUACAGUGAGUUAUGAUAGACCUUCGUUAACCGGAGAACGAACAGUCGCGAUACGCUAGAAAGCAUAGCCAGAGUGCGCUGAAAACCACAGCCCCGAGCCAGCAGCCAUCUAUUCGUUGGAUUAUGUAAAGUGUAAACAUACAGCCGUUCUAAAGGGUAUUGCAUCUGAAAAUGUCGGCCGACUCCCAGCGCAGCCGCUCGAUGGCGUCGUCGGGUGAUGGCGGUACGAACGUGGUGCGCUGCAUGCCCACCAUCGUACCACCGCAGGCAGUGAGCGACCGUUCGAUCAUCGACAGUGUGGCCGGUUUCAUCAACGACGUAACGCUACAGGCCCAGGCACCGCUCGGCGACAGCAAGGAUCACAUACUGUGGGUGCGGUUCGAAAAUGCGGCCGACAUUAGCGAUCCCUGCCUCGGCGAUGACUGGGAGCUCGAGGGUGGCAUUGCCCCGCCGCUGCUGUUGAUUUUGGGCUAUGUGAGCGGUGUACAGGUUUGGAUCGUACCGGCAAACGGGGAAGCGAUCGAGGUACUGUCGUGGCGCCAUGGCAGUGUGAAGUGUUUGCGCGUGCUACCGACACCGACGUCCGGCGAUCGUGAGUCAGCAACGGAACCGGCCGACCAGUACACCCACAAACGUCCGCUCAUCGCGCUGUGCGAUAGUGGGCUGGGUGGUGCCAGCGCCGCCAGUGCGGCUGCCACGAACGGUAGCUACCAGUAUUGUGCGGUCAACUUCGUCUCGCUCAAGGACGGCGAAACGGUGAAAAGCAUCAAGUUCAAAAGCAUUAUCGUGGACAUCCUGGCGAACCGGUCCUCGAUUGUGGUCACGUUUCCGGAGCGUAUAGCGGUGUUUGAUGCGCGCACGCUGGAGGACCGUCUGACGGUGACGACCUGCCAUCCGAGCCCGGGGCUGAAUCCGAACCCGGUUGCGCUCGGCUCCCGGUGGAUUGCGUACGCCGAGCGGCGCCUGAUCCCGUCGAAGCGGUCGAGCGGUGGCUGCGAAGGGGACGGUGUUACGAGCUACACCGCAACGGUGCUAAAUGCGGCCAAAAGCUUCGGCAAAGGGUUGCGCGAGCUGGGUGAACAGGUGGCGGCCGGGCUAACCGGCAGCCAUCUGGGAUCGAGCCUCGGUUCCAGUUUGGUGGGUGGUGGUGGUGGUGGUGGCGGUGGAGGUGGCAGCGGUUCCAUGUCCGGUGGUGUUGGUGGGAUUGGCGGGCUACAUACGGGCAGCGGUACCGGUUCGGCAAACGAUGUGAGCGGCAUUUUGGGCGGUAGCGGAGGCGGCGUUAGCGAGCAAGGAAAUCAGCCGGGCAUUGUGACGGUGCUGGAUAUAAAGCAUCCGGUAAAGGACGUGAGCCCGACCACCGGCACCCCGAUUACGGCGCACGGCAGUGACCCGAUCGUGGCGCACUUUCUCGCCCAUUCGGAAGCGAUAGUGGCGUUGGCGUUCGAUGCACCCGGCAUGCUGCUGCUCACGGCCGACAAGCGGGGCCAUGACUUUCACGUGUUUCGGCUGCACCCGCAUCCGAGCGGUGCAUCGCUGGCGGCCGUACAUCAUCUGUACGUUUUGCACCGGGGCGACACGACGGCCAAGGUGCAGGAUGUGGCCUUCUCGCUCGACUCGCGGUGGGUCGCCGUAUCGACGCUGCGCGGCACGACGCACGUGUUUCCCGUCACACCGUACGGUGGACCGGCCGGCGUAAGGACGCACGGUUCACCGCAUGUCGUGAAUCGAUUGUCCCGGUUUCACCGAUCGGCCGGCCUUUCGAUCGAUGGACGAUCGAGCAGCCCGGUGUCGCACUCGAGCGAGGGUGGAACCGGCGGCAAUCAUGUACCUACUGCCAUGGCGUACGCAAACCCCCGAACGCCACCCUUCCCACACCCGACCGUCGUACAGCCGCUCGCCCAGCUAAGGCAACCGUCCCAUUUGCUUGGUGGUGGUGGAGGCGGCAGCAACAUGGGCGUGGGCGGUGGAGGUGGAUCGGCAGCGGGCAAAUCGAUGGGCGGUGGUGGAGCGCACCAUCACACGAGGCAACGAAACUCUUCUUCCUCCUCGUCGGACGAUCUUAUGAAACCGUUGCGCGUUUGCGCCAGCUUUGCGAAGGCUCGCUCGUGGUUGCUCGAUCCGCCCGGGUGUGUGGUGCGCGAUACGCCGGCCCAUCGCAUCCAGCGCAAACCGAUCGAUUCGCUGUUCAUCAUGGCGGCCCACGGUGCACUGAUACAGUACGAUCUUGAGCCGAAACAUGCGUCCGGAACACCGAAGGAGAAAAUUUGCGACGAUACACCCAUCGAACUGGAGGUGGAAGCAAAAGCGCAAUGGUGCCUACAGCGACAGGAAAACUCUUCUACCGGUGACAUCCAACCGCCACUGUCGCUCGAUAACUGGCUCAUAAAGGAUCGCUUCAUCGAGGACAGUGUGGUCGGUGGUCGAACCGACGGUACCGGUUCGCUGCAGGACUAUGAUCGCUCGCAGCAGCAUCCACACCACCGUGGCAGCGCGGGUAACGUCUCGCUCGAUCACGAUGACCGGUGGUUGUCGCAGGUGGAAAUCAUAACGCAUGCCGGACCGCACCGUCGUUUGUGGAUGGGUCCCCAGUUUAUGUUUAAAACAUACAACACACCGAGCGGCUCUCCAUUAUCCUCCAUCGACACGGAAGCGGUGGAUAUAUGUACCGGCAGUGGGGGCGGCAGCACCCGCUCACUGCAACGGUCCAACCCGAUGAAUAUGCCUUUAGUUGGAGGUAGCUACGAGCAGAGUCCGCGCAUGAUGAACAUGAACGAGUUUCGGCACCACGAAAAUCUGGACACCGAAUUUUCCUCCCUCGGACCGGUGGAAUCACAGCUGCGGGAAGAUUUGGCCGAUGCGAUGCGUGAAUCGCCCCUCAUCACAACCGGAAAGGAUACGACAGGCAACCAUUCGGGAACUGGCUCGACGUGUGGGGUGGUAGGUGGGGCAGGACAUCCACCAACGCAGCACUCGACUACGCCGGCUGCAGCGGCCCAGCAUGCGCUGUCAGCGAUCACCACCGCCAGCACCACCACCACCGGUCUUUCGUCCGUGUCGUCCUGCUCGUCCACAUCGAUCUACUCGUCGACCCAUUCGCUGAGCUCGAUCUGUGACCAGCAGCAUCAGCAGCUACUGCAGCAGUCCCAACAGCAUCAGCAGUGUGGAGGUGGCGGAUGUAAGGUAUCGGGUGGCGGCGGCGGAUCCAACGACGGGGGCGAUCCGGCCGGAUGUUACUUUGAAUGUAAGCAGCCGCCAUUGUUUGCUAGCAGCGGUGACAGUAGUAGCAACAAAGCUAGUGGAUUAGUUAAGAAAAAUGUUGGUAUCGUACAGACGUGCGCGCAGCAUCCACACCAGCUGCACCAGCAUAAUUAUUAUCCUGACCCUUCCAGACCAGAUUCGGGUGCUAGCGGGCGUAAUGUGUAUCAUCACGGUGGGGGCGGUGGCAUCACCAUCGCUAAGGUGGUGAACCCGCUCGGUACGGUCACCACGAUCAGCACCGUCGGUGGUGGUUCGGCCGGUCCGGACAGCAUCGAGUCGGACGAUUUUAUGCAGGAGUGUGUCGAAUCGUAUCUGCACGAAAACUGUGACGAGGCACUGUUUCGCCCCGUCGUUACCGUGCAUCACGAGAGCGUAUGUGCACCCAAACUGCCCACCGCACAAGAGCUGGACAUGGUAGAGCUGAUGCGGGCUGGGCGCUACCGUGGCUCCUCCUUGGACCGAACCGGAAGCGGUGUUGAAGCGCCCGGUAAGGCCAGAUUGGUGGCGGGUGGUGGAUGCGAAGAGCGGCCACUCAGCCAACCAGCCUCACUAAUUGGGCGCGAUUUAAUCGUACCGGUAAUCGAGGAAAAGAACCUGCCGUACUUUACCGGCAGCGCCAAACGACAACGUUCAAAGCAACAGCAGUCUGGGGUGUCGAAACGGGCGGAAGUUGUGGAGCCAGCGGUGGUGCAACAACGAGAAUACAAGAAUGAACAAUCGCGUACUCGAAAGCUGUUGGCGGGUAAGGAUAGGCAGGAACGAAAUGAUCCCGCUGCAGAUACGAAGGCUUCAGAGUGCGAGUCAGAAUUUACCACCAAGCUCAACACGGUCGACGUAUCGCUCGGGAAAACGUGUGAAGAUUUUGAAACUAUAGAACUACCCGUGGUUGAGAGCGAUCCAUUGGAAGGCGAACCAAAGCGGGAUGCUACGAACUCACCGAAAGGACGAAAGGAUGAUGAUGGAGGAGGAGGUAGUAGAGCGGAUGCGCACGGCAAAAGUUAUCCGCUCACCAGCAGCGCCACCUUCGGUUGCAAGAAGAGUAAGGAUAGGAAAUCGAUUCCACCGCCCGAUGUCGCUUCCGGUGCAGCGUCUUCAAGCGAUCGUAACGAAAAGAAGGAUUUCAGCAGCAUGCGAAGCAACACCCCAGCACAGGAAAAAAAGGGCACCGGUAGUGCGGGGAACGAAAAACGAACCAGCAAACGAACCGGUAACACGCCGAAGGGUAAAGAUAGUCGCCGGGAGAAGGAAUCAUCGAGCGAAUCGAAACGUUCCGCCUCACCGGUAGUGGUGAUGCUGGAUUCCGACCCACUGUUGCUGCCCCCGCUAGAGGCGCUUAAAAUUGACGACCUAGAACUUUUCGGCGAUGACACGACGGUGCCCGUACCGCCGGUGGACGUGAGAGCAAAAGCGUCCGAACCGACCGUUGGUAAGGGCGGAGACGACAGUGAGAUGAUGUCGCACGAGACUGGUAGAAGCUCGGCACUGGAUACGUACUACGAUCCUUUAGCGAGCGAUGAGAAGUACGAGGUGAUGGAAUUUGGUGAGCAGCCGCACGGUUGUCCCGAUCUGGCGGUGUUGCAAACCACCGGUGCGCAGUGCCCGGCGAGUGAUUCGGUCGAGAAAACGCUGAUCAGCUUCGAAAGCCCCUUGGCGGAAAAGGCGUCCGAUGGAGGGCCAGCUGGAAGUGUUACGACUCAGCAAGAGCAACUGGUGGCCGAUAUGCAAAGUGUUUUUACCGGUGGCAAUAUAAUGGUGGCUAUGUGCUCCAGCCUGCGGGAAGCAUCCCCAUCCGUUGAGCCAGACGCGAGAGAGGAAGAGGAGCCCCCGUUAACACGCAGCUCAAGUCAAUGUGUGGUGAAGCAGGUUUCGCUCGAAGGUCAGGAUUCGGAUUACAAGAGCCUUGAGCUGGAUUUGGACCUGCAAUCGGCUGGUGGGGUUAAUACGGGCAGCUCUUACAACCCCGCAACAACGGAUGGCACGGCUACGAUCGUUAGCCUGCUGUCGUCGGGCUCGGACGAUGAGGAAGACGUCACAACGAACUCCACCACCAACGAUCAGGAAGAGGAUGCCGGUGGUGAGGAUACGCUGCUGGACCGGAAACCGGAAACGGAACCGGGUAAUAAGCUGCCCGAGGCUAGCGGUAAACGGCGACGACGCAAACGCACCAACACCUGUCAAACGAAUACGACUGCAAGCCUGAUCACCACCACUACCGGCGAUGCGAAGGAUGCGGACGAGGGUGAGGAAGAGGAAGAGCAUGGCGAUGAAGAUGAUGAAGAACUGCAACCACUGAUAUCGAGCAACAAAACGUCCUCCUCGUCGCUUUCGGCUGCCCCGACCACCACGAAAAAGGAUUCGCUCACGUACGGCGAAGGACCGCUGCUUACCGGCACCGAUAUCACCGUAUCGCUUACAGCACUGCCAUCGGAAUGUGAACGAUACGCCAAGGGUGACGACCCGAGCAAACAAUCCGUCACGCUGGACGGCAGCCAAAUCGGUGACGCUACCACCGUCAAGUGUUUGACAGCUGGUGGCGGUAGUAGUAGUAGCAGCAGCAGCAUCGGUCUCAGCACGAGCUUGAUCGUAUCUUCCAGCACCGGCAAAAUGGCGGCGACAGUGUCCGCGACCACCGCCGCAGGAGGUGGCGGAAACGGGGGCAAUGGGAAGAAGAAAUCGAAAAAGAAGCGCAAAUAAUUACUAUUGAAGCGAAUGGUGCUGUUGACGUGUUCGGCCGCAUCAUUGCUGGUUUUGUUUUUGCUCUCCUACCUGUUGCUGCUGUGCGCGUCCUGUUUUGCGCUAGGGUUUUAUCUGUGUAGCGCUAUGUCCGAUUGAAGAUGGAUUUUUUUUAAUGUAUGUGUUCUUCGCGUUUUUCGGUGCGUGUGUGUGUGCCUGUGUAUGUGUGUGUGUGUGCGCGUGUUGGUAGGAUUCCGAACGAUCCUCUGAUGGUGCUGUUGUCACAGUUUUGUCUAUAUCUGUCUGCUCAAAACUCGUCCGUGUGUGGGGAUGUCGUGUCGCGCACAGUAGGUUGUAAUUGUUGCUGAAUGGCGAAGGAAACACAGCACAGAUCUAAUGUAAAAGUACUGAAAAUAUGCCAGGGAGGGAGGGGGGGAUGGGUGAUGGAAAAAGGUGUCCAUUUGCUUUGCUCUCGGUAAAAAACGAUUGUAUUCGGAUCGCCCUCAUUACGUUGUUCAAGUUUACUGAUCUCAUCACAUAGACUUUGGAUAUCGGUGCGCGGUAUUAGAAGCAGAAUGGGCAGACGAAAAAGAUUAACCGUUUGUAUUUUCAAUUUCACAAGAUCUUUGCUUUAGGAGUAUCAUAUUUAUCAAACCUCUCACUCUCUCUCUCUCUGUGUUUCUCUGGUAAUUUAGUAGUAUUCAUUUGGAAGAAAAACUAAUUUUUAAAUUGUAUUCUUCAAUUUACGCAAUGGCUUGUGGUUUUAUUGUUGUUUGUUUAAAAAAGAUGAUUCAUAUUAAAAAGAACCAGCAGCCGCGUAGCCCAACACCCACAGUACUUGUGGCACGUCUAAGUUUUUGUACUAGGUGUUUGGGGGAGUUUGACUUAAUUUUCCACAUAACAAACGGAAUUAUAACCCGUUCAGUUGAGACGCAAAAAAGCUAUAAAAUUCUAUAUAUCGCAAUUUGCAUUAUUAGCUGCAAUUUCAGUUAGGCAAACGUUCGUUCAAAAACAGAUUGUGCCAUACAGAUUAUCCAUAGAAGCAUCCGUUUAUCAAUUAUCCCCAACCAACCAUUUAAAGAAUGCUGUCUCAAGGUUAUGUGUUUAAUUUUUCUUUUUUGUCCCUUUAAAUUAGUAAUCUUUCGUAGUACAAUUGAGAGCAAAAACAAAGCAAAUGCAAAAAAGAGGAAAAAAGAGUAAAUUUAAAAAUUUAAACAAAAAAAAACGCUUUAGUUCAAUAAUCAGUUAUUUAAAAACAAAAAAAAGAACUUAAUUUUACUGUAACAACAACACACUGUAAGUUUUGCUUGUAUUUACACUUAACACACAUACCAAUAGGCGCGCCGCUCGUUUGUAAAAUGUGUAUACAACGGUGAGAGAGAAUGUUAGCUGAGAGUUUUCAAUGCAAUCAAUCAAGAUUUUGUUUAGAGACGUAAGAGAGAUAUAGAUGGCAAACAGGAGAAUUGAACGCAAAUAUGCAAUGUGUUUGUUGGUGGAAACAUGUAACUUCUUUUACUUUUUCUUUUUUGAGGGGCACCUUUCUAGAAAACCUUGAAAGGUCUCCCUCCUCCUCCCUGCCAAGCACUCGAUCAUUUUAGUAUGGUCCUAGUAGCGGGAAAAUGUCUUGCAAGUACUGGGAUUCGAUACCCGAUAUGGCGCACUUACCGAUAUGAGAGAGUUGCGCUUAGGGCCGCUACCGUGUAGGCUAUCGGGUCGCUCCUACCGGAUAGCCUUCUGCAAGCCUACUAAAGGCGCCAGCAAUCAAACACAAUCGGACAGUUGCCCUUCUAUAUUAUUUUAUUCGCUUUUAGUUUCUAUCGAUCUGCUGCUGGUUAAGUGUCUAACUGCCAAUAUACGUUUGAAAGUGAAAGAUCCGCUUCUGAUUUCACAAUCACUUCACGAUAGAUGUGUAACGAUUAGCGAUGGAGAAACAAGACCAGAUGUCUCUGUGAACAAUUUUUUUCUUCUUCUUUCUGUCAUAUGGCAUAAAUGUUUGCCAUUGGUUUAUUUUUCUGCUUAUGUAUUCAUGUGUUGAUUUGAUACUAAUCCCAUCUAUCAUACUGUUCGGUGUAAAAAACCCUCGUGUUCGUACGAAUCCUGUGUCGAUUAUACAUAUAGAGAAAAGCGUAACCAUAUGAAAUCUAGCCAACUGUCAGAUGAUGUGUUACUUGGUUUCUUUUGGUUCGUUUCAAAAAACAGAAGAAGAAGAAAACAACCCCAUUAUUGGAACUGAUGUAAUGAUAUAUUUUAUUUCGAUUUAUUUCUAUUGUUUCCCACGAACGGGAGCAUCAUCUUUGCAUUGCAUGUUCAUUGUUGCCUAAAUGAAAUUAAAAAAAAAAAAAAAACAAACAAACUUAGCUGUGUAAGACAACCGUAAGCUUAAACAAAAAGAAAGAAAAUAGAGCGAGAGAACGAGAGAAAAAAAACAUAUUAAACUAUAAGUGAUAAAAUGAAUAAGUAAAACACACAACAGCAACAGCAAAAAAUUGUAGAUAAUUAAAAAGAAAACAUUUUCUCAAUUGGACACCAAAAUAAGAAAGCACAUUGAAAAGGCUGAACAAAAAAGUUAAAAAAGUUAAAAAAGGAACAAAAAAACGAAUUAAAAUUAAUCGAUCGAAAACUUUUAUCGUUUCUUUUGGUGGGGUUUAGAAGUGUGGGGCUUAAGAUGAAACAUUAAGCAUAAUAUUUCAUUUAUUAAAUAUCAUCCUAAUUUCGUUCUAAUUUAAAGAGGAAGAAAAACCCGACGCAGAGUAGUAGAGCAGCACACAAGUACAUCCUUCGAUUAUAGCCUCCCCAUCUGGUGGUUAUUAGCAAACCAAAAUCAAACAGAGGGAAAUCAACAAAACAAACUCUCACCAGCAGCGCAUGUAAAGUGUGAUGAUUAUUUACAAAUGUAUCGCAAACAAUAGCAAAAACAAACGAGAAACACGAGAAAAACGGUAUCAAGAAAAAAAAAGCGAGCAACCUAACAAACACACUUACAAUAGUGAAACAAAACAGGCACAAAAGGAAAGCAAGCAAAGCAAAACAGACAAAAAAAAAACCGACGAAUGUUCUAGUUAAGCAAACCAAACUAAGCGAAA